AUGCUGUGCUCCAUGGCUAGCUCGGGCUGCCUCCUUGUCUCCAACUCAGGCAUGCUUCCUCACUCUCUCCCCUGCCCUCCAGCCUUCCUCUACCUCCAGCAGGGUAAUCAGGACGCCACGGCUCCUCCUGAAGCAAUGGCUCAGCCCUACCCCCCAGCCCAGUAUCCUCCGCCUCCCCAGAAUGGAAUCCCUGCAGAGUACGCACCCCCGCACCCCCACCCCACACAGGACUACUCGGGGCAGAGCACGGUACCGGAGCACGCCAUGACCCUCUACACACCAGCACAGAGCCACGCCGAGCAGCCGGGCGCUGACGCCAGCACGCAGUCCAUAGCGGGGACGCAGACGGUAUCGCAGACAGAUGAAGCUGCGCAGACAGAGAGCCAACAGCUCCAUUCCUCAGAGAACACAGACAAGCAGCAGCCCAAGAGGUUACACGUCUCCAACAUCCCCUUCCGGUUCCGGGAUCCAGACCUGCGGCAAAUGUUCGGGCAAUUCGGGAAGAUCCUCGACGUGGAGAUUAUUUUCAAUGAGCGGGGCUCCAAGGGUUUUGGGUUUGUAACUUUUGAAACUAGCACAGAUGCCGACCGGGCACGAGAGAAGCUGAAUGGCACAAUCGUAGAGGGACGGAAAAUUGAGGUGAAUAACGCCACAGCCCGAGUCAUGACGAACAAAAAGGCUGCAAAUCCCUACAUCAAUGGCUGGAAGCUGAACCCGGUGGUGGGAGCUGUCUACAGUCCUGAAUUCUAUGCAGUAACAGGGUUCCCGUACCCAGCCACGGGGACAGCCGUGGCAUACCGAGGGGCGCCCCUAAGGGGCCGGGGGCGUGCUGUCUACAACACGUUCCGCGCCGCACCCCCGCCUCCACCUAUCCCCACCUACGGCGCGGUCGUUUAUCAGGAUGGAUUCUAUGGCGCUGAAAUUUACGGGGGUUACGCAGCCUACAGAUACGCCCAGCCGGCGGCGGCGGCAGCAUACAGCGACAGCUACGGCAGAGUGUACGCAGCCGCGGACCCGUACCACCACACCAUCGGCCCUGCUGCCACAUACAGCAUCGGCACCAUGGCUAGUCUAUACCGAGGAGGGUACAGCCGCUUCACUCCCUACUAG